AUGUUCAGCCUGCGGAAAGCACUCGUGUUCAGCACGUUGGUGCUCGGCGUCUUCAGUUCACCAAGGCACACGGAGGAGGAUGACAAGUCAUUAGUCAAUUGGGAAGCUUUCCAAGCACUCCUCGACACAAUCGACCCGAGCUCUCUACAUUCCGUGCUGCAUGCACUGGCCCCGAAGUUUCAAGAUGGUGUGUUCAGCAAGGACCGGGCCGCGAUCGAGCACGUCCACUCCGAGAAUCCCGUCAUUGCAAGCAAGCUGGUACAUUUGGCCAAGAAGAGGCAAGUCAGCAACACGACGAUAACGACUACAUCAUCCAAGACAGCCUCGACGCCCGCUCAAAGUAGUGCCGAACAGCAAUCGAGCUCCCGCGCCGCCAGCGUUUCGUCGAUCCUCUCCUCUGCCAUCUACGCUUCCACCGUACCCGGAGCCACGACCGUCACCGUUGCUCCUGCGACACCCACCUCGGCCACGGCGGUUCGUACGAGCGAUGGAGCUGUCGUCUUUAGCACAAUUGGAGGUGGUCUGGUCACAUUGACAUCGUCCGCCGUCGGAGUUCGAUUCACUCCUAGCACGUCCACCCACCUGUACUACACCACUUUGCCCGAUGGUCAAGUCGAGACAUCAACGUCGAUCGUUGUGGUUAAUGCCCCUGUGACGGAAGUUGCGGGUGCUUCUACAGCAGGAUCGGCCGCCACCACCACAUCCAAGCCCGGGCUGCAGAACGAUGCGUCGUCGAAUAAGAUCGCCGGUCCUCUCAUGGCGGUGCUGUGUCUCGGCGGUUGGCUGUUGGCCUUAUAA